AUGGCCUUCAAUUUCAACUGGUCGCCUUUGGCGGCCGACGAGUCCUUCUACCAGCGAGCCCGCGAUCUCCUCACCACGGCUUUGAACAAGAACCCAAAGCCGCCCAUCAUUGUUGAUGAUAUCCUCGUCACCGAGCUCAAUCUCGGAACUGUGCCGCCAGAGCUGGAGAUUCUCGAGAUUGGUGACUUGGCCGAGGAUCGCUUUAGAGGAAUCUUCAAAAUGUGCUAUACCGGCGAUGCGUACUUGACUUUGAAGACGAGAGUUCAGGCAAACCCCUUGAACACAUACUUGUCUGCAAAGCCAUCGUUCACAUCCCCACAGCCCUUGGCUGCUGCGGCGGGUCUGACGAUACCUCUGUCUAUAACCUUGUCAGAGAUCAAGCUGUCAGCCUUUGUAAUAUUAGUCUUCUCGAAACAAAAGGGCCUGACGAUAGUCUUUCGAAAUGACCCACUCGAGUCGAUCAAGGUCUCGUCAACCUUUGACUCGAUCCAGUUUGUUCGGGACUAUUUGCAAAAGACCAUUGAGGGUCAGCUCCGAAACCUGUUCAUGGACGAGCUGCCAUCAAUCAUCCACAAGCUCUCUUUGCGUCUGUGGUGCCCGGAUCAACUCCCACGGGAAGAUGCAGACGCAUCAAAGGAGAAUGCCGACGAUGAGGUUGCCGUCGACCCUUUUGCUGCACCACCUCCAGAUGCCGUCGACUCGAGAGGUCACGUGCUUGACGCCAAUGAACUCGCAUCUAUAUCGUUAGAUGGUGGCGCUCAGCUGCACUCUCUUUUCUCGCAGAAGAACUUGCUCAAGCUGGCUGCUCUGAACGAGUCGCACCGGACUCUGUCGCUGUUCACCCCUGGAAUUCAAAACGCCAUGUUCAGAGCUUGGCUCGGACCCAUGGACCGAGCUGAUACCGGCCGCUCGACCCCGCUCGCCACUCCAAGUCUGGUGCGAACGCACUCGGUGCAAGGAAGCUCGACGACAUAUACCUUCACGGACGCGGCCAGCGUCGACAGCGGGUCGAUCUCAUCCCGGCCAUCUUUGCUGAGCUUGAAUUCUGCGACCACGGGCUUGACGUUGUCUGGUGGCCGGAAGCGAAUGUCCAGAAGAAAGAAGACCCGUGUGGUUAACCUACGCCGCUCCAAGAAUGAUACAGUCAGCGAGACGGCAAGCGAAGCUGAAGAAACUGCUACCGAAACAGAUUCUGUAGCUGGCCCAAGCUCUGAGCCCAUGCCCUCCUACAUCCAGGAAGAUCCCGAGGAAGCUGUACCACAGGCAGAGCCAUCGCCAAGGUCGGUACGCUUCAGACAUAUCGAUGAAAAGGUACUGCCGUCGCGCAGCCCUCUGAACUUGGAAAUCUACAAUGAGCCAGCCAAGUCUGGAAACCAUACCAAGGCCUCCAAGGCACAACAAGAGAAGGCCACCGAGGCCGUUUCUGCCAAUAACAAGCACAACGAGGGAUCCGAGACCUCGUCCGUUAUUCUGGAGCAAGCCUGGAUAACAAAGAUGGCUGGAGAGAUUGCUCGCCGAGUGUACGACGAGAAGCAACGCAACCCGACCUUCUGGGCAGAGAGAGACGAUGUUCCACCUCCAGCCUACGAAGCAACCCAAUAG